AAAAACACGUUUGCUGAAGUUUCCCUCCAAAUUUGAAAUCAAUCGAUAUAUUAGAUCUUGAGAUAUCAUGUUCACCAGUGUGUAACAAACGUAUUCCAAUCUCUCUAACUUUGUUAGUUAUUUUUACAAAUCAUUUACAAAAUUUUACAAUUUUUUCAACAUUCUAAACCGAAAUAUUAAAUACGUUUCAUUGUAUGUCGAUGGACAAAGGAUUCAGUUACAGACGGUAUCGCGAGGUACAUACAUAUAUGCGUAUCCUAAUUGUACAUAGUUUUGUAUCGUGCCAAGAGUAAUAUGCAUCAAGUUUAAAAUCUUUACCUUACAGAUUAAUACUACCUCGAAGCUUAUUUUCUCCGUAUAGAAAUAAUAAAACGAUAUCAUAGGACAGAUUGUAUGUACAUAUGUACAUACAUGUAAGUACUAAUUACGUACGUGAUAAGGUAUAAUUAAAUCACGGAAAAGGAGCUUCGACCGAGGCUUUUACACAUUACUCGUAUAAAAUGGACGAGAUAGAAUACAAAUUGGAAUCGAAAGAUCCUGUUUUGAUAUCGCACGCAAUAUCGAAACUCAUCGAUUCGAUCAAGAAAAAGAGAAACGAUCAAAUCACAAACCCCGUUACAAACAUAGCAGAGUUUAAACUGUUAUCGAUAAAGCGAGAUAGUACGGACAACGUGCUUAGCUUAUCCGUUUGUCAGGCAUUAAUUACGCUAGUUGAAAAUGGAUUAUGGGACAUUAGCGAAGCUCUGUCCACCUUUGCAUCGAGCCUUUUUUCUAUAAAAAAUUAUGCGGUUGCAUCCAUAGCUAUCGGUCGCUUAUUAAUGUUGGAUCUAAAGCACAAUAAGGGGGAAAAAACUAUGUAUCCGUUUAAUCUUUACGCGCCGCAACAUCCGUUCAUAAUUAUUUUAAAUCAAGAUAAAUGUAAUUGGAAAACUGUAUUAAAUCAAAUAACGUUUGUCACGAAUCACAGGGAUCCACAAAUUAGAGAAAACGGUAUAGAAAUGUUGCGCCCUGUAUUUCUGUAUGUUCUAUGUAAUCCUUCUCUGAAUUCGUUGGAUUGCUGUUUGCAACCAGUUUGGCAACUUUUAAUCGAGUCAAAACACGGUGUACGCUUGCGGACAGAAGUUUUACUCUGGUCAUGCACAACCGAAAAUUGCGUUGUCGUUAAUACAAACAACAGAAUUUUAGAGCUUACUGAAAAAGCACUGUUAGAGAAGGAUGUAGAAUAUUGUACUGCUUUAAUGCCAAUGAUCGCAUCUUUGACUUUACGACUGUUAAAAUACGGAUCGGAUCCAGAACCAAAUUUUUACAUGUUAUCCAAUAUUAUAGAUCGAUGCAAUAUUCACAUAGGAAAUCUUAUGUUAGCACUUAUGGCAGAAAUAAUUACUAUAUGCCCUGCCAUUUACCUGUAUAAAGCUUUGCAAAUAUGCAUGACGAUAACGAUCAAAAUGUCAUACAACUGUAUAUUUUUUAAUACUCUGAAAGCAUCCAUUUUGAAGUGGAUGGCAUACCCGUCGGUACUAUGUUCCGAUGCUUUGGAUAUGGCGACAAAUUUAACCAAGAGAACUUUUAUCGAGCCACAAUCCACGAGCGACGAUACCGUGUUCACGAGUAAAAUUUUCGAAACGUUUGCUUGUUCCGAUUCUUACGUUCAAUUUUACGUGGAGAUUGUGCGUUACCUAAAUGUCUGGAAUUCAAACGAUAUUUUAUCCUGGUUGAAGAAUAUGUCGCACAUACCGAUCGAUUUAAAAACUAAAUGUAAACUAUUGUUGUCUGGCCUCUUUUUACAAACAACCAAUUCAGAAGUAGUCGAGCUAUGUUGCGAGGUGCUUGUUGAUAUCAGCGUUAAAAGAAAAAGUUUCGAAUCGCACUUAUUAUCCUUGGUUUUACAUAAAUUGAUCAAGUCUAGAAACAGUACAGAAUCCAAGUAUUUACUACACGUCUUACCAGAACUUGUAACUAUGAAAGAAAACUUUCCGAUCGUUAUUCACACACUGGACACGUUAUUAAAAGGCGAGAAACAAUUAAAAUAUUUCACGAUCGAAUUAUAUCUGAAGACAUUGAGGAAAGAACCAAGAUGUUACAGGUUCGUUUCACCCGCCAUAAUUCGUUUAAUGAAAAACGAUCAUUCCUGGUAUUCGAAUGCAACUUGCGCAAGAGCCAUGAAAUAUAUUUGUGAAAAUCAUCCUGAACACGGGGAAGCGCUAGUGCCAUUGUUAUCGCAAAUAUUAAAUCGCUCCACGGAUACAAACGGUGGAACAGCAAGCGCGCUUACUCUUCAAAGUAUUUCUGCUCUCUGCAAAGCUUCCAUAACGGACAUUUUUUCCACCUGGAAGGUGUUGGCUCCGAAAAUGGAAAAAGAGAAGCGUACCAUUGUUUUGGAAAGUCUUUGCGAACUGUUCGGUGACGUGACUUCCUAUCCAUCUUCUCAAUCCGUAAAAGAAUACGAUGAAUUGAUCGACGAUAUCAUAACGAAUCUGUGGAAAUACGUCACGUACAACGAUGUAAGAGUUAUUAAGGCUGCGCUUAAUGCGCUCAGUUCCUUUCGCAUCGAGCAUAUUCCUCUAAAAACAUUACCAGAGAUAUUCAGAUGCCAUCUUGUAUUGCCGGCAGCACACGCUACCACUCCACUCGAUGAAAUUAAGAAACCAGAGGAUGUACUCUCGUACAUACCAGGUUCCUGUUGGAUCGCGAUGCUUCAGAAAGUAAACAAAGCGGCUUUAUCGGCGGCCGGAGAACUUUUGAUUUCUUUCAUCACCGAAGAAGUAAGCGGCUUCCGAACAGGAAUUUACCACUGGCCGCAAGGUGACCCGCAAAAUUUCAAAUAUUUACCAGAAAAAAGCGUAAUACGAACGAUCGGCGAAUUUUUAAGACGCGCCGACAAAUCUAGUGCCAACAAUCAUCGUAUUAUUAUAGAAUGCUUGCGAAUAUUUGCUCACAGAUAUCCGAAACCGCUACCGAAUAUAAAUUGGAGUUUUCUCAACGACACUGUCGAUAUAUCUCCCGACGCUAAAAAAUAUGUUCUUUUCAUCGGAUGUCAUCAAGCAAGCACGUCUUCGUCAGCCAAAGCUUUAGUAGAAAAUUAUCUAUUAAUGUAUAAGUCUGUUGCUGAAUCGGAUUCCGUUUUGAAAAGCAACGAGUACCUUCUAUUAUAUUCCUGUCUCGAAGAUUUGUGUGAAACCAUGCCACCGAAUAGCAUAAAACCGUUUUUAGAAACCACAUUAGAAUAUGUAACUGAAAAAAUUAGUUACGACGAUGAAAAUGCCAUAAAUGCGUUCUGUUCUAUUAUGUCCUCGUACGCUCGAACCAUAAAAAACAACAAGGUACACGACGGAAACUCUGCACUGCUUCCUAGUCUUUUGGAAAAUCUAUCGGAUAAGAUAGAUUUAACGCACAAUCGUUUCGAAUCCUAUUUUACAGCAGCCUUAGAAUUGCCAACAAAUUAUUUAGAAAGGAUGACGUCUCCUAAAGUAUGGUGGGACAUAACGCACAAUAAAUUAAGAAACGCUAUCGCAAUUAAAGCCAAAUUGGCUCUAGAGAAACGUUUUGAAUCUCUCUUAAUGUGGUUGAACGAGGUCAUCGAUGAAACUACAUUUAUAUCUAGCAUACAAACAUAUUUUCUCGAGACUGUACAGAGGGUGUACGCUAAACUGCAAUUUGAAAAAUGCACUACAAAUUGGAUCAUAGAUUUCAUGACUCAGAUUCAAGGACUGUUGGUGGAAUCACCCUCAAAUCACAGUAAUAAAAUAGAAUUUUUUUGUAAUGUUUUAUUCGUAGCCAUUAUCAGUUUGUCCGGUAUAGAUUGUAUGUUAAUGAAACAAGAUGUAUUAAUUACAUCGGAAAAUGUCCAAGCAAAACUAUUUCCUCAAGCUCUCGCAAUCCUUUCCGACAGACAAGAAUGGAAGCAUACAAUUCCACAGAUCAUGGAAUGGUUAAACUACACGAGAACAAGUACUGUUCCUAAUAUGUAUAAAUUUACAUUUGAUCGCUCGUUGAUUUGCUUGAGGCACAAUCCAUACUAUAAAGAUGUAUGGACUAAAUAUUUAUCCAUUAAGACUCAAAUAGAAAUAUAAAAUUAUAAAUGAAAAAUGAACGUGUAAUGUAUUAUUGGAAAAAGUGGAAAAGUAGUAUUUCACUUACAUGUAAUGUCAUAUGACACCGUGGUCGGCAGUUACGAACAGAUAUGUCGUCACAUAUGUUGUAUGUGACACUUUU